GUCUAUGUAUACGAUUUGUUAGCACAAAAAGUUGAUUAAACGGUUAGUCGUAAGUCACGAAGUUGAAGCAGUUUGGCAAAUUAUAUACAUUAAAACAUGCUAAAAUGUGCCAUACAAUUUUUUUGCAACGUAAGAGGAAUGAAACAUUUUGCUCCACCAAUUAUCUAUAAUGAUUUUGAACAAGUCGAACGACCUAAGCUCCGCGUUAUGGAGAGGAUGCCUCAAUAUCCACCAAAUCUUCGCCCCCCAAAGAUGCAGAAAAAGUUAAAAUUUAUGCGUGGACCAGAAUUGAUACAUAAUAAGCUACUACAUAAACAGUAUGGUAUUAUUGCAACAGGUGGGGGACGCUUACGCUGGGGCCAUUUCGAGAUGCUACGUCUUACUAUUGGACGUAAAAUGGAUGUGAGCAAAAUGUUCGCUAUUUGGAGAGUACCCGCUCCCUGGCAACCUGUUACAAAAAAGGGGCAAGGCCAGCGAAUGGGGGGUGGAAAAGGUGCUAUUGAUCACUAUGUUACCCCUGUUAAAGCAGGAAGGGUGAUUUUAGAAAUUUCUGGUAAAUGCGAAUUCAACGAAGUGAAACCUUUCUUGCAACAGGUAUGCAAUAUUUUGCCUUUUGAUGCGGAGGUGAUAUCGGAGGAAAUAAUCCAAGACCGAUUAUUAGAGCAAAAAUGUUUAAACCAAGAAAACCAAAAUCCGUUUACGACAAAAUACGCAAUACAAAAUAAUUUAAAUGGUUGUCAUAGGUGGAUAUCUCCAGUAGAUCAUAAAUGGUUCGGAAAGAAUUAGCAUAGUAAAAAAGGAAACUCGAGAAAUAAAUUAUAUGGACACACUUCCAGUUGGAGCUACGGUUCAAGGAUUUUCUUUCCAA